UACGCUUCUAUUCACAGAAACUUUAUGACGUAUAAUUUACUAAACUUACUGAUUUAAUAAACGUAGUCGAAACAAGUUUUUACUGGCAAACCUUUUAAUCGAAGAUUCUUCUCACGAACAUUUGAUCGGUCAACUCGAAUGUACAUCUUAAUUUGUUGGUCAAGGUUUUGGAGGGAAGGCGCGACAUAAAACGUCUGGAACGUACAACUUUCACUGUAGUCUAUGUUUCUUUCUGUAUGCAAAUUGCACGAGACGAUUCGCUCGGAACGCUCUAUUAAUCCCGCGAGAAAACAAAACUGCACGCGAGAUAAAACCACGCUUACGUCUCGGUGAAUGUACCGUGGUAUGCAAACCACGAGAUUGUCUUCUUUUUUCUUUUUUUUUUUUUUACGCAGUCAACGAGCCUGAUCGCGAGUAACACGAUUCCGUCGAUCGUUCGGCACGGCUGUUCGUGACAUCGAUCGUUCACCCGCUUGAUCCGUCUUGCGUUACACCGGUUACGUGCUAUACGACGCUCCACUUUCCAUAGAUUAUGAGACGCAGUCGAUCGUUUCUAUGUCUGGAAACUCUCUCUUCGUGCACAUCUCGGCUCAUAAAUAUGUAUUAGGACUACCGUGUUUCUUGUUAUCUGAUUUUAGAUUUUCAUUCAGAUUUCAGAUAAACUUGUCUGCGUUUCUUAUUUAAUUCGUUUGACAUGUUUUCAACGAGGUUUAGAGGACCUGUCAGGUGCGACAGAUAAUUCGUAACUCAUCGAUGGACUGCGGAUUUUCGUGCGUUUAAGAUAAAUUGAAAAGUGUUUGAAAUACAGUACUUGUUAUAGUUAUUUAACAGGCAGAAUAAACUUCACCAUAGGACUCAUUUGAAAAUUAUUUUCAUCAAAAUAUGAAUUUGCAUAAAAAUCCACCUACUCAUCACGAUCUUCUUCAACUGUUGCAAACAGCUUCUACAAAUUUUUAGUUUCUUAUUCUUCAUAAACGCAAAAUUCUGGUUUAUUAGUCGUUGAUAUUAUCUUGUUAUUUCGAAUGAUUAUCAUGCUUUGUACAAAGUCAGGAUGUGUCUCAGUAUUUGUGAGUGGGCUUGUAUAAUGUUCGAAGAGUGGUAACAAACUAACUAUUUAACAGGCGGAACAACCUUCACCAUAGGAUUUGUCGAAUUAUUUUCAUCAAAAUAUGAAUUUGCAUAAAAAUCCACCGUCCUACUCAUCACGAUCUUCUUGAACUGUUGCGAACAGUUUCUACAAACUUUUAGUUUCUUACUCUUCAUAAACGCAAAAUUCUGGUUUAUUAGACGUUGAUAUUAUCUUGUUAUUUCGAAUGAUUAUCAUGCUUUGUACAAAGUCAGGAUAUGUCUCAGUAUUUGUGAGUGGGCUCGUAUAACGUUCGAACAGUGGUAUCAAACAGAAGUAUCGUUUUGUUAAUUUAGGUUAAUCUAAUUGUAAUUGAACAAUGAAGUAGGAUUUGAUAUUCAGCCAUGCCCACGAAGAGUCUGCAAGCAGUGGAUAUCUUAGAAGCCCUCGAAUCGAAGCUCGCGUACAUUCCAGGAGGUCGUGAUCGCGAAGGAAGACCUUUGAUAGUGGUCAAUGUUCCCUCAGAACUUCAACCGACCACGAAGCCCAGGUUGGAAACGCUGAUCGCCUAUUUCUUGUCAAUUUUUAGCGAGGAGACGAAGAAAAAUGGAUUGGUGUUGAUAGUGGACGCGCAAAGAGGUGCAUGGCGCGUGGCAAGGUCUUGCAUUAGGCUAUCUACUAUACUUCUGGGAGCUUCUGCAGCUUCUGUGAUAGUAGUACGCCCAGACGGUUUCUGGGAUAAGAGAGUGGAUAGCUGUACGAAAUCCCACAAAGAAGGAGAGCCGACGUAUCUCACCCUGACGAGGCUCCAGCUUCACAUUGACUAUGCCCAGCUGGCGUACGAACUGGGUGGCAACAAGCCGUACGACCACGCGGACUGGAUCCAGAAACGCGUGAAAGUGGAAGACUACACUAAAGAUGCAGCCGAUCUUGUUACAAAAAUGACUGACCUACAUCAAAGACUGAUGAUCACUUUGGAUGGAUUUCGGAUGUCAGAAUCGGAUGAUGAUUUGGAAUCCUACUCGAGGAUGAGCAACGAUUUAACAUCUCACGCGCAACAUGUUCUUCAGUCAGGCAGAAAUUUAGUCAGUUCGAUGAGCAGAGAAUCUACGAAGGACACUUUGGACACCUCGAUAAAAAUUUACGAGCUUAUCGAUUCCAUCGAAUUGAAACAGCUGGACAUUGAAAACUCCUGGUCAGAAAUGGAAAGAAAUUUGGACACAGCCAGGGUAAUCGGUGACCUCGAGAAGGGCGUGUCGCGUGUUACAGAUUGGAUCCUGGGACCAGCGGAUGCUAUGUUGAACUCUUGUUGUCAAGUUGGAUUCGACGUCUCCUCCUCGGAGGAACUUCGUAGACGACACGAAGAACUGGAAUUAGAAUGCAGGGAAACUUACGGACGUUACGCGGAAUUGCUUCACAAAAUCGAUAGUUUACCAAGCACGCGUUUAUCGGAAGACUUGAAAUCUCAAAGAGAUUUCAUGGACUUCGUGUGUAGAAGCUUCGCAAACAGACUCGAGAGACGACGAAACGUGUUAAUCACUUCUCAAAGAUUUUUUAGACUAGUUUCUGAGUAUUUUGACAAAACGAGCGAGGUAUUCGACAAAUUAGUAAUGGGUAAUAGAACUCAUGACUUUUCUCAAGCUGCAGUGAAUCUUCUAAAAUUGGAACAGAGUCAAGCAAUUUUAGAAACUUUAGAGUGCGAGUUGGUAAAGGAAGGUGAAAAAUUGUCAGAUAUUUUGUCAAUGCCCGUGAAGGAUGCGCUAGGUCGAGACGUGCACGUUGACUAUGGCGAGGACAUAGUGAAUGUCAGAGAUAUUUUGGAUGCAACGAACGCUAGGAAAAACAUUUUCAAUGACAGCGUCGAGUUCCAAAAACUGUCUCUAAAACAGAUCGCUUUAAUAUAUACCUACGAAAGCGACGCUAAACAGGCUGUAAUAUGGUUGAACGAUUUAUACGAUGUUCUGUUAAAAAAUCAUAUGGAAAUCGGUUGCAACGCGAUCGAGAUACAGUCACAAAAGGAAGAACAUCAAUCGUUUCAGGAAACUGCUAAGGGGACUUAUGACUAUGGUUGUCAAUUAGUGAACGGUGCUCAAGUACUAAGAUUAUCCUGCAGGCUACCACUGGAAAGUAACGCGGCUCUGUUCUCAAGGCUGCGUCAGGCUUGGAAGCAGCUUCGAUCCGUUGGCCAAGAACAACUAACCAGACUGAGAGUGUGCGCUGUUUUCCAUAGAAGCGUCGAAGAUCACUGUUCGAAGCUACACGACUUGAUCAAGACCGUGGCAUCGCUUCGUCGAUCCUUGAGACCAGAAGACCUAGCCGCAGAAGCUCGAGCCAAGGCCGAGAUAAGAGACAUCCUGAACAAUCGAGAAAAGCUUCUCCUCGAGGUUGGACGAAUGGUGAGGCUGGGUCGUCUCUUGAGAACACGCUUGAAGGAACCUCUCUGUCAUCAACGGCAAGUACGACCGCGAUCAUGCAUGUUUCGAAAGAAAUUGUCGACGCUAAUCAACCUCGAUGAUUAA